AUGUCUUACACAAAUUAUGGUGCUCCAGGAGUCCCCGCCCCACCAGGAACGAUCUAUAGCGCACCUGCUACCACAUCCACAACUUACAGCAGCGGUAGUGCACCUCCGCCAUCGUCAUCUUAUGGAAAUGGUAGUUCCUCAUAUAAAAACUCAUCAAAUUAUGGCUCAUCUUAUACUUCGUCCUCACGUUAUGGUAAUGACCGUGGAGUAGAUCGUUCCUAUGAUGACCGCAGUCGAAGAGAUCGAAAGGAAUAUGAUUCUCGUGGCAGUUCGCAUUAUAGAGAACGCAGCCCUGGAUAUGAUAAAUAUGGGAGUAGUGGUGAGCGUUAUGCCAGUUCUAGUUAUCGACCCAGUGGUAAUUCAACGCACCAAAAUGAUCGUAUGUCAAAUCUUGGAUCAGGUUUGACAAAACAGGAUUGGGAUUUCUCAAAACUUCCAAAGUUUGAAAAGAACUUUUAUCGCGAACAUAUCAAUGUCAUUUCACGCUCUCAAGUAGAAGUAGACGAAUAUCGGAAAAAACACGACAUGAAAGUCUUUGGCCUUGAUAUCCCAAAACCAGUAGAAACUUUUGAUGAAGCCAACUUUCCAGCCUACGUCUUAAACGAAAUUCUCGAUCUAGGUUUUACCGCUCCAACACCAAUCCAAUCACAGGGAUGGCCAAUGGCACUUUCUGGUCGUGACGUGGUGGGUAUUGCUGAAACUGGAUCCGGGAAGACCUUGGCUUACUGCUUGCCUGCCAUUGUUCAUAUAAAUGCGCAACCCUUUCUUCAACCCGGUGAUGGACCUAUUGUUCUUAUUCUUGCGCCAACACGUGAAUUAGCUGUGCAAAUCCAACAAGAAUGCACAAAAUUCGGCAGGUCAUCGAAGAUCAAAAAUACUUGCGUUUAUGGUGGUGUUCCUAAAGGUCCUCAAGCGCGUGAACUUUCUCAUGGUGUCGAGAUUUGUAUUGCUACACCUGGCCGAUUAAUCGAUAUGUUAGAAUCAAGACGAACCAAUCUUCGUAGGGUGACAUAUCUUGUGUUGGAUGAAGCUGAUCGUAUGCUAGAUAUGGGAUUUGAGCCACAAAUUCGAAAGAUCGUUGAACAAAUCAGACCUGAUAGACAAACCCUUAUGUGGAGUGCUACUUGGCCAAAAGAAGUCAAGCGCCUCGCAGAAGAUUAUCUUCAUGAUUUCAUUCAAGUAAAUAUUGGUUCCUUAGAUUUGUCGGCAAGUCAUAACAUUUCUCAAACUGUUGAGAUUUGUACCGAGCAUGAAAAACGAAAUAA